CGGCCAUUCGAUUAUAUGUAUCGAUAUCGGAAACAUUGAGGUAGUCGAUUUUCUGCAAUCGACUUUUUGUCAUCUCUAGCGUCUUGUCCCGGCUGUUUAUUAUAUAUUUUUUUUAUAAAAAUAAUUAAUAAUGUUUUACCACAUUUCGCUGGAGCAUGAGAUCCUGCUGCAUCCGCGAUAUUUUGGCCCGCAGCUGCUGGAGACGGUGAAGCAGAAACUCUACUCAGAAGUGGAGGGCACCUGCACGGGCAAAUACGGUUUCGUGAUAGCUGUCACGACCAUAGACCAGAUCGGCUCCGGUGUUAUCCAGCCGGGUCAGGGAUUCGUGGUCUACCCGGUGAAGUACAAGGCAAUUGUCUUCCGGCCGUUUAAGGGCGAGGUGCUGGAUGCGGUGGUCAAGCAGAUCAACAAAGUGGGCAUGUUUGCUGAGAUCGGUCCAUUGUCCUGCUUUAUUUCGCACCAUUCUAUUCCCGCCGAUAUGCAGUUCUGUCCGAAUGGCAAUCCGCCUUGCUACAAGAGCAAAGAUGAGGACGUGGUCAUUUCUGGGGAGGAUAAAAUACGUCUGAAGAUAGUGGGAACUCGUGUUGAUGCCACAGGAAUCUUUGCCAUUGGCACUUUGAUGGAUGACUACUUGGGCCUGGUGUGCAACUAGAAACGCAUACUAUUUUUGUGUACAAUUUAAAUAUAUAUAUUUUAAACUUUAA